GUUUCAGAUUCCGAAUUCGUUUACCGGGACUCGUAUGGUGGAAUCACACUUUACAAUGCGGAUAACUUGACAACAAAAAUUUUAAUGACAAAUUCCACAUUCAGGCAGUAUGACGCGGUCGAUUUUAAAAUAUCAAGUGACUUAAAAUACGUUCUUCUCAUAAGUGAUCUAAAGUAUAUCUACAAAUACUCGAAGUUAGCAAGGUACUACGUUUACGAAAUAUCAACCCGGUUUAGAAAACCACUAUCGCCAGUGGAGCUUGACGAAAACGCUCCCCAUCUUCAAUAUGUAACAUGGUCGCCCGACGGCGUCAGUAUCGCAUUUAUACACGAUAACGACAUUUAUUACAAACCUAAAAUACACAAGGACUUAGUUUGCAGAAUAACUACGUCUGGACAACCAAAUUUAAUAUUCAACGGAGUACCGGAUUGGAUAUAUGAAUCUGAAAUACUCAAAACUGACCACACCAUGUGGUUUUCUGCGGAUGGACAAUAUUUGUUAUACCUAUCUUUCAACGAUACAAAUGUUGGAGAGUACAAUUAUCCGUGGUAUGACAGUAAAAAUAACAAAGCCUUAUAUCCAACUAUAAGAACGUUAAGGUAUCCAAAGGUGGAGCUUCCAAAUCCCGACGUCAAAGUGUGGAUAGUUAAUUUAAGUACACCAAAAUAUCUAUUUCCACUCGAAAUUCGACCAACAAACAGCGUUUUUCCAGGUGGAUACAUCACUAGCGUCAACUUUUUUGGUGAUCACCAAGUGUCAAUCGUAUGGCUCAAUCGACAGCAGAACACAUCGGUGAUAGUAACGUGCAAAUCCCAUAACAACUAUAAUUGCACAAAUUUUCAUAUUGAGAAAGAAUCUAAUGGUUGGACGGAACCAAUAUUUCAUCCGGUUUUUUCGACAAGUGGAGGCCAAGCGCUCAUUAGAUUACCAGUAAAUGACGGUGACAAUGGAAAUUACAUGCACGCGUGUCAGGUACAACCCAGUUAUGUUAUACCUCUCACGCACGGAGCAUUCGAACUCACCCAAAUUUUAUCGUGGGACGAAGAGAACCACUUGAUAUUCGCUAUCGCAACAAACGAAAAUAGUCCAGGUGUGCGACACCUUUUUAAAAUUGGCGACACUAACUCGUCUCAGCCAUGGACUUGUUUAACCUGUCGCCCAACCGUAGAUUUCAAUUCGUCAUACGUAGAAUCUGAAAAUUUAAACGAAACUAUUUUUAAUAAUACUAUGUUAGUAGGUUAUGUUUGUGAAUAUAAUAAUGUGAUAUUCAGUCAUUCAAAUGGAUACUAUAUUCAAGAAUGUUUGGGACCAGAUAUUCCUGUAGUGUUUUUAGUUGAAACUGCCACAAAUAUUAGGUUAGCAGUACUAGACUCAGGGCAUAGCUUACGGAAUAAAGUAAAAGAUUUGUCUGUUCCACAAAUAAAAAAGUUUCAAGUGGAAAUCGAGGCCGGAUACAAAGCUCAAGUUCGGCUUAUAUUUCCGCCGAUUUUAAGGGAGUAUGAGGAGGUUGCGUUUCCAAUGAUAUUGAUUGUAAAUUGUAAACCGGGGUCGCAGACUGUAUCCGAAAAGUGGGAGCUGUCCUGGCCUUGGUACCUGGCAAGUACAAAAAAUUACGUUGUUGCUCAAAUUGAUGUGAGAGGAUCGGGUUACCAAGGGGAGAGAAUGAGACGGGAGAUUCAGCACAGAUUUGGCACAAUCGAGGUCGAAGAUCAAUUAGCUGUUCUUACUUACCUGGAAGAUACCUUUAAAUUUAUCGACAGGUCUAGAGUGUGUGUCGUCGGUAAAGGUUAUGGUGGAUAUGUUGCAGCAAUGCUACUGAUGCAAGACUUCCAACACAUAAUCAACUGUUCGGUCAGCAUAUCACCAAUUACAAAUUGGCAAUAUUACAAUUCGUUUUUUACUGAAAAGUAUUUGGGACUCCCCUCUGAUCACUUAAUCAAUUACGAAAAUGCAGAUUUAACUAAAAGGGCGGGUAAUUUAAGAGAUCGACAUUUCAUGUUGAUACAUGGGACAGCAGAUACCACAGUUAAACCUCAACAUUCCAUUUUAUUUGCGAGGGCGUUAAUAGAUCAAGGCGUGCUGUUUAGGCAUUUGAUUUAUCCAGACGAAAAGCAUACGUUUAGUCGAAAAUCUCAGAUCCAUAUGUACAAGGAAAUCGAUCAAUUCUUUAACGAUUCCUUUGGUCCCAGUUUAGACGACUGGGAUGAUGGAACAGGAUUUUUUAUACAAUAACUGUUAGAGAAACUGUUGCGUUUUUUAAAAAUUAAAUUGAAUUAAAUAUUUCAUAUAAAUUUUUUAAAACGUAGACAGUAAUGUUGUUGAGUGAGUAACUUCCUUGUGCAUGAUAUAUACCCGUUAUGAAAUAUUUAAUUCAAUUGGAAGUGAUUAUGAUCAUGAAUGCGUUUGGUUAAAAAAAAGUUAAAGUCUAAGUGCUUUAAGCUUAAUGAGAAUACGUCCAUUUCCCUUUUGCUAGUAUUGGACUGUAAGUAAUUUCGUAUUUUAUUUUACUACAACGAAUUAAGAAAAAUGUUUAUAAAUGUAGAGAAUAUUUAGAGAGUAAACGAUUAAAAAUAUAUCUUACAUUCCAAUACUAUUUUUAAUGUAUAUAUGUGCCUAACCUUAGCUUUAUGGUUAAAUGUUGAAGAGAAUAUAUGUUACCAAAUAAUUUUUUGUUGCAAGUACGUAUUUAUAAAAACCACAUUCAUUGUUGAAAAGUUAUAUUUGUAUAAAAUGUACUGAUUUGUAAAUGUGACACCAAGCCA